UACAGCAAAAACCCACCCAUCUUUUUUUUUUUCUUUCUUCUCUCUUUCUCUCUCCUCUGUCCCGCAUUUUCUCCCGGCGAUCAGCUUUCUCUCUCUUCAAAACCACGACUUCAAUGGAGUCUUAGACAUUGCGAAAUUCUUCAAUCGACUAUUUAGCUCAAGAGUAGGAGAGAGAAAACAACAAUGUCUCGUCAAAUGACUUCGUCUCAUUUUCACAAAUCAAAAACCCUCGACAACAAAUAUAUGCUUGGAGAUGAGAUCGGCAAAGGAGCCUAUGGUCGAGUAUAUAAGGGUUUGGAUUUGGAGAAUGGGGAUUUUGUGGCAAUUAAACAGGUUUCGUUGGAGAAUAUAGCUCAGGAGGAUCUCAACAUUAUUAUGCAAGAAAUUGACCUUCUCAAGAACCUUAACCACAAAAACAUUGUAAAAUAUCUAGGAUCGCUAAAGACGAGAAGCCAUCUUCACAUUAUACUUGAAUAUGUGGAAAAUGGAUCGCUUGCAAAUAUAAUUAAGCCAAACAAAUUUGGGCCAUUUCCUGAGCAACUAGUUGCUCAUUACAUUGCUCAGGUUUUAGAAGGCCUUGUUUACCUCCAUGAACAAGGAGUUAUUCAUCGUGACAUCAAGGGAGCCAAUAUAUUAACUACAAAAGAGGGUUUAGUCAAACUUGCUGAUUUUGGGGUGGCCACAAAGUUAACUGAGGCAGAUGUCAAUACACAUUCUGUCGUAGGAACACCAUACUGGAUGGCUCCUGAGGUAAUUGAAAUGUCAGGAGUUUGUGCUGCAUCAGACAUUUGGAGUGUUGGAUGUACCGUGAUCGAACUUCUUACAUGUGUACCACCUUAUUAUGAUCUGCAGCCUAUGCCUGCUCUCUUCCGUAUUGUUCAGGAUGAGCAUCCUCCAAUUCCAGAUGGGCUAUCUGCUGAUAUGACCGACUUUUUGCGGUUAUGCUUUAAGAAGGAUGCAAGGCAGAGGCCUGAUGCCAAGAUGCUUCUUUCGCACCCUUGGAUACAAAACUAUAGACGUACAUUACAGCCAUCCCUUCCCGCGAGUGAUGAUGUUAUAAGGGGCUCACAGGAAGAUGCAUUGAUGGAAGCAGAAUUGUCUAAUGGGGAUGAGAAUGGUGCAGCUCAAAGCCAAUCUGUGGAUGAAGUUGCCAGACGGGAGACAUUGUCGAAAGAUGAUGCUGAUGCUAGUAAAGCCAAUGAUAAUCAAGGGCAUAGUAGUAAUCUGUCUGAGGAAAGGGGAGAAUAUUCCGGAAAUUUGUCAUCAGACCAAGUUCCUACUCUAGCUAUUCACGAUAAAUCUGUUGCUGAAUCUACUUUGAUGAUUUCUGCUCUGACACAAGGGGCUGGGUCAGAGCAGCUUGGUGAGCAAGGGCAUAAAGCUGGUCUUGAUGAAGUGUUGCGGAAUGGUGAGCUGGGCUCUCCCAAAUCUAAGCGAAAGGAUGUUGUGUCCGGAAAAGUUGAAGGGAAAGGGAAUGCUGUGCAUAAAAUGAAUACUCUUUUCAGCUUUGGUACAAGGAACCAAGACGACAAUCUUCAAAAGGCUGCGAAAAAGGGCAUUUCUACGGGGAAUGAGCUUAGUAAAUUCAGUGACACACCUGGCGAUGCAUCUUUAGAGGAUUUAUUUCAUCCACUUGACAAAAACACAGAUGAUCAAUCUUCUGUUACUUCUGCUUCCACAUCUACUGCCAACCCAAGCAGUGCAGCACCUGAUUCUGGAAAAAACGAUUUGGCAACAAAGUUAAGGGCUGCUAUUGCACAGAAACAGAUGGAAAACGAAAUGGGACAGGCAAAUGGAGGUAACUUACUUCGUGUUAUGAUACGUGCGUUGAAGGAGGAUGUCAUUGAUAUAGACAGCAGUCUGGUCUUUGAUGAGAAAAUUCCCGGAGAAAACCUUUUUCCCCUUCAAGCUGUUGAGUUCAGCAGAUUAGUUGCAUCUCUAAGGCCUGAGGAACCCGAGGAUGUUAUCGUGAAUUCGUGUCAGAAGCUUAUUACAUUCUUUAAUCAGCGUUCUGAGCAGAAAGUUGUUUUUGUGAAGCAGCAUGGUUUGCUUCCUCUCAUGGAAUUGCUUGAAGUUCCCAGACCUCGUGUUAUCUGCUCUGUCCUACAAGUGAUAAAUCAGAUAAUCAAGGACAACACUGAUUUCCAGGAAAAUGCUUGUCAUGUUGGUUUGAUUCCUGUUGUGAUGGGUUUUGCCGUUCCUGAUCGUCCUCGGGAAGUUCGCAUGGAAGCUGCAUACUUCCUACAGCAGCUCUGUCAAUCUAGUUCUUUGACAUUGCAGAUGUUCAUUGCGUGCCGUGGAAUACCAGUUUUAGUGGGCUUUCUGGAGGCUGAUUAUGCUAAGUACAGGGAAAUGGUUCAUCUAGCUAUCGAUGGCAUGUGGCAGGUGUUCAAACUUCAGAGAUCGACACCAAGAAAUGACUUUUGCCGGAUAUCUGCCAAAAAUGGAAUUUUACUCAGGCUUAUCAAUACACUUCAUAGCUUGAAUGAAGCAACCCGACUUGCUUCCAUAUCUGGUGGUAGUGGAUUAACCGCAGAUGGUUCCAAUCAACGUCCCCGUUCAGGUCAACUGGAUCCUAGUCACCCUACUUUUAGCCCAAUUGAAGCAAUUCAAUCUGGAUCAGAUCAGGUUGAGCUUAGGGUCAGGCACAGUGGAACUGAACACUCCUCAUCAACUGUUUUAUAUCUCUCAGCUGAUGCAGACAAGCCUCAAUCAAGUCAUGCAACAGUUGAAUCCUCAGCCUCUUCUAGAUCGACUGACGCUGCAGACAAAUUUGUGAAUGUGGUUAAGGAGGCAACUCGAGCUGAAAUGGAUCUUAAACAGCAGCGAGCUUCUGGUUCUUCUCAUAGAAAUUCCACAGACAGGUCCCCAAAAUCAGAAGGUGGUUCAAAUGGCAAUUUGUAUCCCGGUUCUUCGCAACAAGAACACGUUCGUCCUCUUCUUAGCUUGCUCGAAAAAGAACCUCCUUCUCGGCAUUUCUCUGGUCAGUUAGAUGUGCGUCAGUUGGCAGGCAUGGAGAGACAUGAAAGUAUACUUCCUUUGUUGCAUGCAUCUAAUGAAAAGAAGGGCAAUGGUGAACUUGAUUUUCUGAUGGCAGAAUUUACAGAGGUCUCAGGACGUGGCAAGGAAAAUGGAAAUUCUGAAACACCGAGACUUUCAAAUAAAACGGCAAUCAAGAAGCUAACAUCAGUAGCUUCUAAUGAUGGAGCUGCUUCUACAUCUGGGAUUGCAUCACAGACAGCAUCAGGUGUACUAUCAGGUUCAGGUGUUUUGAAUGCCAGACCGGGGAGUGCAACAUCGUCUGGACUACUUUCUCAUAUGGUAUCUGCAAUGAAUGCUGAUGUUUCUAGGGAGUAUCUUGAGAAGGUUGCAGAGCUCCUCCUCGAGUUUGCCCAAGCAGAUACCACAGUAAAGUCAUACAUGUGUAGUCAAAGCUUGCUUACCCGACUAUUUCAUAUGUUCAAUAGGGUUGAACCCCCUAUUCUUUUAAAGCUAUUGAAGUGUAUCAACCAUUUGUCAACUGACCCUAAUUGUCUGGAGAAUCUUCAGCGGGCUGAGGCCAUCAAACAUCUUAUCCCUAACCUGGAGCUGAAGGAAGGGCCUCUUAUAUCCCAGAUUUAUCAUGAGGUGCUCAAUGCUCUGUUUAAUCUCUGCAAGAUAAAUAAGAGAAGGCAAGAGCAAGCAGCUGAAAAUGGAAUCAUCCCGCACUUGAUGAAUUUUAUCAUGUCAGAUUCUCCUUUAAAACAGUAUGCAUUGCCUCUGUUGUGCGAUAUGGCGCAUGCAUCCCGUAACUCGAGAGAACAGUUAAGAGCACAUGGUGGAUUAGAUGUAUAUUUGAGCCUACUUGAUGAUGAACUGUGGUCUGUGACAGCUUUGGAUUCUAUCGCGGUUUGUUUGGCCCAUGACAAUGACAACAGGAAAGUUGAACAAGCUUUAUUGAAGAAAGAUGCAGUUCAGAAGUUGGUUAAGUUUUUCCAGAACUGCCCCGAACAGCAUUUUGUGCACAUAUUGGAGCCUUUCUUGAAAAUAAUUACGAAAUCGCCCCGGAUAAACACGACAUUAGCUGUCAAUGGCUUGACUCCAUUGCUUAUUGCAAAGCUAGAUCAUCAGGAUGCUAUCGCUCGAUUGAACUUGCUGAAGUUAAUCAAGGCUGUUUAUGAGCACCAUCCACGACCAAAACAAUUGAUCGUGGAGAAUGACCUACCACAGAAGCUCCAGAAUUUAAUUGAGGAGCGACGAGAUGGGCAGAGAUCUGGUGGCAGUGGCCAAGUCUUGGUAAAACAGAUGGCCACUUCAUUACUCAAGGCUCUUCAUAUCAACACAGUUUUGUAAAUUAUACAUCUUUAGCUAUAUUUCUUAUAUUGUAUAUUCAGUUUCUAGGCUAUUUAUGUAAUUAUUGGUUCCCUUGUAAUUUCUUUUGAGACACCAAUUUUCUGAUUUGUAGCGAGUAUGUGUGUGGGAGAAAAGAGGUUUUGUGUUGUGGUGGUUUCUCCGAAACAUUGUUCAAACCAACUUUUAACGGUUUGAUUUAGGUUGUUUUUGUUUUUAUUUUAUAUAAUUCCUUUUUGUUUUUCCUUUUUCAA